AAAGACUCAGACUAACAGGUGCCCUAUAAGCUUCCACUAAUAUACUGGUAUACUGACCCUCACGAUUUCAAAAUGCACAUAUGGUUGACAUUUUGAUAUAAGAACAUAAGAAAUACCUUUCAUGUGUGUGCAUAACUUAAUAAAGAAACGUGAUGUGGAAGUGAAGUUUCAGAAAGUGAUGUACGAGGAUUCACAAUUUGUUAUAAUUUAAAGAUGGCCAUUAUGUAUCAGAAUAUGUACGGCUGGAUACUUGAUCAUUGGCAGCUGACUGCAGUCACUUUUAAAGAUGUUAAUUCUGAAGACGGUACUGUGACAGAUUUCUCAUACAAAAGGGACAUGUUUGAAAUUAAUAGCCAAUUUAUCAUGGAUAGCGAGUUUGAAAGUAAAAUCAGGGUACAGGAAAGGGUUGACCAUACACAUGUCAAUCGUAAAAAGAGAAAGAGAAAAAGAAAAUCCAAUUUAAAUGAAGGAGAAAUUAAAGCUAAAACAUAUCAUGAUAAAAUUAUAGAAGUUAUUUUACAUGCCUAUAAAUCUUUACUCCAUGGUUCUAAAGAAAUGAAACUUUUUAACGAUAUUAGUAAAUCAUUAGAUAAUAAUGUUGCUGCAAGGAAGAUUGCAUUGAACUCCGGACCAGGAGACAAACUGAGGGAAUUGUGUUAUACUGAUAUCAAUGACCUUGAAACUGUGACUUUAAAACCUAAUGGUGUUUAUGAUAAUUUGUGUAAUAAACUUGUGAAAAAUUGUAGCAACUCUUCCAUAAAAGUUGAAAUUAAGGAUGACUUUUACUUUUUACCUGCAGAAUCUUCUUUCAUUAUGGGUGACACUGUUAAUUUAAAAUAUUUUACUUCAAUUUUAGGCAGAAAUGAAUUUGACUUUAUUUUACUUGAUCCACCAUGGGAAAAUAAGUCUGUAAAAAGAAAGAAACAAUAUUGGACAUUGGAUAAUGAAGAAUUAUUUCAAAUCCCAGUUCCUGAGUUAUCUGCCCCUGGUUGUGUUAUUGGUGUGUGGGUUACAAACAAAAUGAAACAUAAGGAUUUUGUUAUACAAGAGUUAUUCCCCUUUUGGAAUGUAGAUUUUAUAACAACUUGGUAUUGGAUUAAAGUAACAAAGUCUGGCAGUACAGUAUUAGAUAUAAUGUCUGAACAUAAAAAACCAUAUGAAAUUCUUAUAUUAGGAAAAUGUAAACACACAGAAAUAAAGAAAAUAUCUGACGAAAAGAUAUAUGAAAAAGAUAAUAAGAAAAGUAACAUUUGUAGAGAUGUGAACUGCAAAGAAAACUCAAGUGAAAGGAUAAGUUCUAAAUCUGUAGAGGACUUGUGUAAUGAGAGAACAAUGUUACCUGCUUCGUUAAACAAUGACAAUCUACCGUUAGAUAUGACCAUCCUGAGUGUGCCUAGUAGUAUUCAUUCUAUGAAAAUUCCAUUACAAGAUAUCAUGAAACCUUAUCUACCAGAGAAUCCCAAAUGUUUGGAAAUAUUUGCCAGGAACUUGACUCCAGCUUGGUGUUGCUAUGGUAAUGAGGUGUUUAAACAUCAGCAUAUGGAUUACUUUGAAGGUUUUACCAAAGAUACUAGAAUUCCAUUAGACUGUGAUGUGAAAUAAAUAAAUGUGUACCUUGUUUA